CUUGUUAGCUGCGAAGACGCUGCGCCAAGUACAUCGCGAAAGCAAACUAUUGUUUUCUCACGUCCUGAGCCACGGUGCCAGCAAUGGAGAAACUCUGAGGUGAUGAUCGUGCAACCAGGACGGGGGGCAAGCUCAUGCAAAGCCAUCUAUGCGGGAGAACCCAGGGCAUCCUCAGCCCCGCGGAUGGUACCGCAAAUGUGCAUGCAGGCCCGCUAUUCACCCCAGAUGGUACUUCCUCACAGCCCUGUACCACGUGUACAAGUGGUGGUGCAGCGCCAAUGCUCGUCGCCUCUCUUGUCCAAGCCCAUCUUCGUGGUGUCACCAGUGUCUCCAGGCCAGGCGGCAAGGCGACAAGGCGGCCAGUCAGUUUCGAGGUCUCGAUUUCGCGCAGGUGUGAAGUGCGUCUGUGAGCCGCUCCCCACCUGGGCCGCCCCUGCCACGCCUCCGAGACGGGAGGUGCCCACGGCGGUCGCAGUGGGCGCGGGCGCAGCGGGCGCGGGCGCGGGGAUGUGCUGCGACGGCGACACGAGCGCGCCGAGCGAGGACUGGCACAAGAGCGUGUCCUCGGAUGACACCCUGGACACUCAGCGAGCCCGGCUGGAGGCCACUCGCAAGGAGCUGAUGGAGAAGAUGAGCCAGCUGAGGAAGUUGGAAGCCAGCCUCUCCUUGGCCGUUGGUGACGCAGAGGACCUGGAGAAAGAUGAGAAGCAUGAGAAGGACGAGAAGGACGAGAAGGAGGAGAAUGAGGAGAAAGACGAGAAAGACGAGAAGGAUGAGAAAGAGGAUGCGGUGCCACUGGCACCUCGCGGGCCACGAGAUUUGGGUGCCAGGCGAUCGAAAGCUGUGGCCACGGACACGGACGACUUGGUCGCUUUGUGCAAAGCGGAACGGCCGGGAGCCGUGGGGGCCGUGGGGGCCACGGGAGCCACGGGAGCCACGGGAGCCUCGCAGCCGGAGGGCGAGGGAGGGCGGAGGUCCGUGCCACGGGUGACGCCAUCGAGUCCGGGUCCGGGUCCCGCGGGUCCGUCGGGUCCGUCUGGCUCGCGGGUGCGGCGGCGCACAAACUCGCCCGGAGCCCAAAGGCCGGAGACUGGAAAAGAGAGUGAGAAGGAAUCCAAGGCCAAGGAGGCCAAAAAUGAAAAGGAGCUUCUCCAUGAGAAAGAGAGGCCAAAGAGGCAGAGUUCCUUGAUAAGGAGUGCGUCUGCCAGAUCAAGGAUAUCCCUGUUCGCUCCCAUCUCAGCCCGGUUGGGCUCUCGGACAAGUUCAAGAGCAACCAUCGGAGCCGCCGACACGAGCGGCACGAGCGGAUCGAGCGGCCCGAGUGGAUCGAGCGGCACGAGUGUGCUGGCCAGAAGCUCAUCGGCCCGCGAGCUGUCCAGGCCUGGAACUGGCAUCCUGGAGGCAGCAGACGUUGCUCGACUGGUGGCGUCGCCAGAGAUAGGAACCUUGGAUGACUUCUUGCCGAAUCCUGUGCCUCAACCGGAGGUGCUGAGCGCGAGGGCUCCAAGAGCAACUCCGGUGGCUUUCCUAGCCGAGGCAUCUGCACUCUUGCAACCGCCCUGUCCGAGCUGUAGAAAGAAGUACAUGGCGGGGGCGACCUUUUGCCACAAUUGCGGGCAGAAGCGGAGGACUCCAGCAGCACAGGCAUCUCGUCGGGGGUCAGGCACAAGUCCUCAGACCACGCCGGCGGAUCCUGUUCCAGAGGCAAGCAGGACAGGCAGCCGGAUGUUGUUUAGCCAACAGCUCACUUGCCACGAGCAGCCGCGGCAAACCCCAAGCCCUCUCCGCUUGAGGUCUACGCCCGCCAGGGCCAAAGUGCCAAAAGGUGUUGGUAAGCCGAUCUCGCCGCAGCCAACAGCUUCUGAGGCACCGGAAGGCCCGAAGAAGCCCACCUUUAAGCCCAGGGCGCGACCGCCUGACCUACUCGCAAGAGGCGGAUGAGCAAUAAGGCUGGCGUCGUUUGUUUCCAGCUCCUUCAUGCACGCUGCAGCUGCAGCGAUCUGUUUUCUGGUGGAGCUGACGACGCAAUGUGACACAACGCAAGAGAGAAGUCUUGAACGCCAUUUUAGCUCCAGCUCCCAUGCCAUCCUGCGCCCCUUUCCUCACACUUUUACAGUUCUCACCGAUGUCGAUACGCAUGGAUGACAUGCACCUGUGG